CGAUCUGCAGCAUAUUGACAAAGAAAAGAGGAAAACAGGGUGGGAUUUGCACAACACCUGUCUGUUUUUUCCCGAAUAACUGACGCGAGAAAGGCUGAAAGUCAUGCUGCCCAGGAGCUGAGAGGGCGAAGCAGGUUACAUUUGACAGGAGGCUCUACACCCACGGAGCUCAGAGACAGUGGGGCUUUGGAGAGAAAAAGCUAAAGGGAGGGGCGAGUGAGCUCAGCUUGGGCCAAUGCAGCAGCAGAGUCGGCAGCCUGACCUAGUGGAAGGAAGCCUUCCAGUGUUUGUGUUCCCCACAGAGCUGGUGUUCUACGCCGAUGAGCAAGCCUCACACAAACAGGUGCUCACUCUCUACAACCCUUACGAGUUUGCCCUUAAAUUUAAAGUUCUGUGCACAGCGCCAAACAAGUAUGCCGUGGUGGAUGCAACCGGUGCUGUGAAACCGCAGUGCUGUGUGGACAUCGUAAUCCGCCACAGAGACGUGCGGCCGUGCCACUAUGGGGUGAUAGACAAGUUCCGACUCCAGGUGUCGGAGCAGAGUCAGCGGAAGGCUUUGGGCCGCAAGGAGGUGAUGGCUACGCUGCUCCCCUCCGCCGCGCACGAGCCUCCGCACGCCCGGCCGCAGGAAGAGGAGCGCAAGAUGAAGGAGCAGCUGGCCGACAGUGUCUUCUUUGAACAGACCGCAUUCCAGACAGAAAGCCGUACACCCUCGGGAGGCCCUAGCCUGCUCACGGUCCUUUUGGGCCUGGUGUGUAUGGCUGCUCUCAUGCUCCCUACGCUGGGUGAGCAGGAAUCCACAGUGCCUGUCUACCUCCACUUAAGUGUUAACAAGAAACUUGUAGCUGCUUAUGUUUUAGGUCUUCUUACAAUGGUUAUUCUUCGCACAUGAAAUGUAUCUACGCAACUGCCCGUAAACAGACGGAGACAUCGACGAAGAAGGAAGAAGAAAAAGUUUGUUUGCACAACCAGGACAUGAAAGGGAGGGAGGGUGAAGAGAGGGGUGAGCCUCACCCCCACCCCAACU